CUUGGAUACACACUACUUUUGGCUUUGGCUUUUCUGUUUUAAGAGAAAUAAGCAGUGCAUGUGCCAAGGAGCAGCCAGGCACUGACAAAGGAAUAUGGGCGAAUUCCUAGCACCACAUGGAGGGAAGGAAGGACAUCUCCAGCUGCAGAAAGAUAACCCUGUAGCGAAUUGGAUCCACGCUCGUUCUACGAGGAAGAAACGCUGCCCAUAUACCAAGUAUCAGACUUUGGAACUCGAAAAGGAAUUUUUAUUUAACAUGUAUCUAACCAGGGACCGGCGGUAUGAAGUGGCAAGGGUGUUAAAUCUCACUGAGCGCCAAGUUAAAAUCUGGUUUCAGAACAGAAGAAUGAAAAUGAAGAAGAUGAACAAGGAGAAACCCGAUAAGGAGCAGUCGUAAAAGACUAACACAAAUACUAAUAUGUAUAACCUCAAUAUGACAAAUAUGUGAAGAAAACAUUUUGGCUCAAUACAUAGCUAAAAAGAGAGAAAAUAAAAAAACUUUCCUGACUAUGAAUGUGGAGAUCAGUGUUUAGAAUAGAUAAACACAGGCGCAUUUUUGGAAGCACAGGCUUUUAUAAAAUGCAAUUAAAAAUGUUUCCUUCCCUGUCUUUAAAACUAAGAAAGUACUUGAAUAUUUUUUUUUUUUUUUUAGAAUUUUAUUUUGUAACUUAUACUUAUCCAGUGUUAAUUUUUAUUUUAAGAGUUUGUCAGUGCAUAUUUUGUAUAAAACAAAUCGGAAUACAAUAUGUUUUGUUAUAGUCUCUGAAAGUCCGUUGGAUUGUACAUAUUUGUGUAUUUUAUUCUUGUCACAGAAAUCCUUUCUGUAUUGUUAUGUUAUGCUUGUAGAACAGCUCUCUGUAAAUAUAGAAAAGAACACUA